AUGCACAUAGCAUUGGCCAUAGAGCGCACUUACUCCCUGAAUACUCAAUUCGAAGUAUUCCAGAAAAACGAUGGACUCCAAAUGCUGAAAGUAGAGAUGGGCGGUGACGAUCAAUCGACCGAAGGCACCGAGUCUUCCCAUGAAUCCCAAAAACAUGAAUUCUCAAAAACCAACUACGAAUUCCAACUGAUUCAUGAAGUGCUCCAAGUCAAUCCCUCUAUUCCGAUAUGUGUCUUACCGUGGUCAUUCCCUGGAUGGUUGGGAAAUCAACCGUAUGAAAAUGAGAAAGAGACUGCCGGAUACGUGGUGGAUUGGUUGAGAAUAGGGAAGGAGCAAUGGGGAUUCGAUACGUAUUGUGUUGGAGUGUGGAAUGAGAGAAACUUCUCAGAGAGUUAUGUUAGGGAACUCCGCCGAACUCUCAAUUCUUCUGGAUUCAAUAAAACUCUUAUCGUCGCUGGCGAAGGUUUUCAAAUGGAUGAUAGCUAUCGCAGACUACUGGAUAAUGACUUUAUCAAUGAUUACGAUAUUAUUGGUGUCCACUAUCCGGGUGGUCGCAUCCCUCCUAGCGUCCAAAAAAGUGGAAAGACAAUCUGGGCAAGCGAGGACUACAGUACUGACAAUCGAGGCAGUGGAUUAGGUUGUAUGGCUCGGGUGAUGAAUUGGAAUUAUGUCGAUGGAAAUAUUACUGCGUAUGUCUGUCUGUGUGUCCAGAUGUCCAUGAAACUUACAUGGUGGCGGUGUGGAUUGUCGAUGGUGGAUGAGAAGAAAUUUGAGACGGAAAACGCGUUUCACGUGUUGAAAUACGUGACUGGUCAUGUGAAACGUGGCUGGCGGAUUCUAUCUCACGGACGUGGAAGCGGCCGAUUUGAAGGGGGCGGGACUUAUGUGACCUACACGGAUGGCCACGACUUCACCAUUUUUGUGGAGACUAUGAGCUAUGAAUCCUCCCUCUGCCAAUACUCAUCUCCACUUCCCUACUCUGUCAAAACAAAUCAAAAUAUUCGUUUUGAAUUUACCGGAUUUUCCCAAUUCCAAGUUAAUCGACUAAAUGUUUCCCUAAAUUUCGUCGCCCCACAAUCCGUUCCCCUCCUCCAAAACAUCAUCGAACUCUCCGUUCCCAUUGACUCAUUCGGUGUGCUAACCACACUUCCAGUUACAGUACCCCAGCGGGUUACUGUACCCACUCCGGCAUUUCCGUUGAAAUAUUUCGAUGACUUCUCGAAAUACUCACCAGAUGAGGAACCUCGAUUCUGGAUGCCUCAAAAGGGGUCUUGGGUGGUUAGAGAGGGACGGGCGGUGCAAAAAGUCACGGAACCGCCUAUCAGUUGGUGUACAGGGAGGACAAGGACACCGUAUGCUGUUAUGGCAUACCGCGGGAAGAAUAGCUUACUGAAAGCUGAUGUGACGAUUCCCGAGAAUUCUACAGCGGAAUCCAUUAUUUUGGGACUUCGGAGUAAUUGUAGUGGAUGCGAUAUAGAAGUGACAAAUUGUCGUGGAAUCUUCGUAGAAAUCAACUUUUCCACCGGGAAAACCAAAGUUUUCUCCGAUUUUGUCCAUCGAACUGAAAUUGCUGAAUUUCAAGCCAGAAGAGAGAUCAAAUUCGGCAAAUUCUACAGAUUUGCUAUCCAUUUAAUCGAUUCUCACCUUUUUGUGAAAUUUGGGAAUCAAUUGGUGAUGACGUCAGUGGAUAUUCCUGAAGAUGUCAUUGAAAAGACUCUAAACGACACGUUAUUUGUGAUUGGCACUGGAAAUUUCGGCAUUUCCGAGUGGGAUAAUAUCUCGACAGAUUAUUUUCCUGAGAUUUGGUAUUAA